GAUAAAAAGCUGUUAAAAGCGUUAACCCAUAUUUUAGUAUAAAUAGGUUAUGUGUGUUCAUUUGCAUUGCGUACCAGAAAAAAGACUUAUCUCAACAAGUAAGUUAUUUCUUUUGUAAUAAACUAACUCCAACUUCUCUUGAGCCCCAUUCUUCACCAGCCGAAUUAUUCCCCAUGGACAAGAACAGGCGGUAAUCACUUGGUGCGAGAUCUGGACUAAAUUGUGGAUGCAUAAGAACCUCCUAACCAAACUGUCGAAGGUGCUGGCGAGUCAUUAUCGAUUUGUGUGGACUGCCGCUGACCUAAUGAAACACAAUUCGCCUCAUGUUGGCCAAAGCUGAGCGCUUCCGAGCGAUUGCUUCGUUUAGACAGUCCAACAGCUGGCAGUACAGGUCCAAAUUAAGAUCAGUCUAUAGUGAUUGUUUUUUGUCAGCCCUACCAAAUAGACAACAAAACCUUCUUGACCGUCAAACCUGGCUUGAAUACCGUUCUUACUUGCUCACUGUCCUUCGAUAACAACUGUGUUCGUUUGAUAUUUCUGUAAGUGAUCCACUUUUCAUUAUCAGUCAAAAUCCACUUCAAAGUGAUUCGCAUUGGAUACGAGUGAAUCGCAGAUGGAGAUUCUGCCUAUGAGGUUUUUAUUAAAGAGUCACGUGGCACCCAUACCUACAGCUUCUUUCUGUAUCUGGGCAUUUUCAAGUGGUUCCGAACUACUUUUUAUGUAUGUAUGUUUAGUUCCUGGACAAUAGAAACAAUACUCCUAUGAAGGUCAGACCCGCUAAUUUUCAUCAUUUAACGACGUCUGAAAGAUUUUUGUGAGGUGCCUUUAUUUCAUGUCACAAAUACACUCUGAGGACUCUGAAGGCCGUCAUUAUUCCUUAAAAGCAGUUAAACUGUCUUGAGUGUACCGUUAAAAAAGCGACUUAAUUAAUUUAAACAUUUCAUUACCAACUCAUCUGACUAGUAUAAAUACGACUAUCAACUGGGGCUUAAACUAUUUCAGCUUAAAUCACCAGUCACAAAGUAAUUGCAAUGAAAUUUCUUCUCAUCCCUCUUCUGUUGACGAUCGCUGCACGAAAUGUAGAACUACGUAUCAUGGACCGCUGUUCGCUGAGCCGUGAAUUGGAUGCCAUGAGCAUACCACGAGCAAACAUACCCAAUUGGGUUUGUAUUGCACAAUAUGAGAGCAAUUUCAAUACAGCCGAGUUGGGACCACCAAAUCCGGAUGGUUCACGUGAUUGGGGUAUAUUCCAUAUCAACGAUCGCUACUGGUGUGAUCCUGGUGAUGGUCGACAUUCAGCUAAUGCUUGCCAUGUAUCCUGUAGUCAAUUGUAUACGGAUGAUAUAAGCGAAGCUGUGAAGUGUGCACGAACCAUAAUACGCCAACAGGGAUUCCCCGCUUGGAAUACGUGGAAUAACAAUUGUGGUAGGGGUGCAAAUGUACCCAGUGUCAGCGAUUGCUUUCAUUGAAAGGAAAAUGAGCAUAAAUUGAAAUUAAUAAAGAAACUUCCGAAUGGGCACAUUGAGAAAAUCGAAAAUGUCUAUUUUGCACAAGACUUAAGUAAAUAAAGUUUCAGAAAUGUGUAAUCUAGAGCUUGGUAAAGUGUAGUUUUUAUUUUUUUUUUUUCGCCGAGACAAGGCUUUACUUUCUUUGACAAGGGCUUACUUUCUUCCGACCGUAUAUUGAAGGGAAGAGCUCCAGUAUCACAGAGAUCGAAUGGUCAUUUUUACCAAACUUUCUCUCUUUGAAAGGAACCUGAUAUUUGAUUAUGAUACAAAUAUAAUUAAUUUUUCUUGUCAAUUUACUUUUUGUGUUGAUGGGUAUCAGUUAGUCCGCUUAUAUAUAAUAUUUGUUGUUGUUGUUGUAACCUCAAAAAUAUUCUCCAAAGUAGUUUUUGUGGACCGUUGCGGGAGCGACAGUCUCUGGCCGGAUAAAAAUCCGAGUCGUUCCGGUACAAAGGACAGACUGUCACGGGAUAGACAUACUGGGGCGAGUAAAUUCUUGGACCUCUAACGCGCAGGGGGUUUUUAUAUUUGUUCCUUUGCUUCACUGCAUAGUUUCCUGUCGAUGGAAAGGGGGCGAGAGACUGCACGUGAAAGCCUUGUCAAUGCUUACGGCAGUGCCAAGAACGGUGAAUUCAUUGGAAGCUACGAGAGUAUAACGUUCCUAGUCGUCGUGCAUCUCUGUCCGCUUUAUAGAUGUUCGACUUGUCUUAAACCUCGAACGGUAUUGAAAGAUUUAGCGAAGCCCAUUCAUAUGUUGACAGGGCAGGCGAUCCCUUAACACGCUAUCGAAUGUGACUUUGUAGCCGACAUAGAAUAUGGCGUAAUGUGAAAAUCUAGUCGAUGGUGGACUAAAGCCCUGAUAAGACCAACCGAUGUACUGGCAAAUGACUAUAGCCCUUUCGCAUAGUACGCUCGACAGGGCCUUGUAUGAGACGGCAAUGAGCCUGAUUCCCAUAUAUUUGGCGUAUAUCGUCAGCUCACUCAUUUUCAGCAAAGGAAAAAAUGCAUUAAGAAGCUGAUCCAUGCUCCCGCUGUCAUCUCGUCGCUACCAGCCUUGAGAAGAAUUUUCGAACAUGCUUCUCUCUUUUCUUUUUUUAGUGUAGUUCUCCCGCAUGGUUUGUGUUACAGCAGGCAGCAGCGCUCUUUUGUAGGUGACACAUUUCGUUGCAAUUGCUUCGCGACACUCCUUAUAACCUGUCGUGACGUGGCGAAGUCGAUCAUCUUCAACCCAUUGUUCGAGGAGGUCUCGUGUAGACUGAAUUGACCGACAAUUCGC